AUGGGGUUUUCUUCCCUCUUUCGUUCCAGUACGCGCGGAGAGGCUGCCAGAGAUCGCGAGCACAAGUCCGAACCUGACACCGAUAAAGAAUGGGCCAAGAGAUAUAUUCUAGAUCCCUUGACUGCGCCUGAACCCAGCCAGGAAACGGGUCUUGGCACGUCCCACGUCAAUCCAUACAAAACGGCAGCCCGGUCUGCAUCUGCUGCGUCUGGGUCUGGAUCCGCAUCACCACCACCUUCAUCACCACUGGCACCUUUUCUGCGUGAGGCGAGCCAAGCAAAGAGGGAGUCAGCGUCACAGUCGCAGUCGCAAUCGUAUUCACACCAAAGGCAAAAACACCGUCCGCGACACCUGUCAUCAAGCAACUCUUCGCUAGAAAAUAUUCAUUUCGACCGCCGCUCUUCCUUGGAUCGAUAUCCAACCCCACCAUCAUCUGCCAGCCCCACCGAUUCCGGCUUCGACUUCCAUCCGUCCAAUCCGUUUUCGACGUCAUUCCGGUCCAGUUCAAGUCGCUCGGAUAAGUCGUACCACCACCACCACCACCACCACCUUGGAAGAGAAUCUCGGCAGUCGCUACGAACUCCUCUUGAAUCUCGACCUGCUUCUUCUUCCAUCACUCCCCCCGACACUCCUCCAUCGAAUUUGCGUCCACGCCAGCUCGGCAGCGCUUCCACAAACCCCUACAUAUCUCAGUUACAACACCAGCAACACCAACAACAGCCUCAGCGUACAGCAUCCCAAUCUCCACUCCGACGUCAUCGCCGCUACCCAAGUCUUCCCAUCAACAACUCAGCAACUUCGUGGGGCCGCUCCGACCCGGACUAUCCGCGAAAUCAGCUUGAGAAAGUUCGCCGAUUGAGCCACAGUCUCAGCAAUCCUGCCGACAUCGUCGAUAAACCCAACGGUCACCGCCGAUACAGCUCCAUUGGACAGCGAUUUCCAGGCGACAUGUCUCACCGACCGCUCGACAUGAUUAAGCGCGAUGCAAAGGCCGCCGACCGGCCCUAUCGUCAUCGCAAGCGUAUUUCAGAGACAGAUACAAUUGAUGCGCUCGAUACUAUUGGUGGUGCCUAUCAUCAUGGCGGACCCUAUGAUGCGACAUUGACGAGUCGCAACCUUGACAAGAAGUACUCUCCCGUGGCAGCGGUUGAGGAGUCCAACAUGGAGGCAAUUCGCGCCACACCCAGGGAGAAUAUUAUCGACUCACUGACAAAACAUGUUCCACUUCAAGGUACUUCAUCCAUUCCUGCUGGUUCGCCAGACAUGAGUGGCAAAGUCAUGCAUUACGAGGAAGGCGCCGAUUUGAUGAGAGAACCCGACGCCGAAGGCGGUGCCUACAAGCGAUGGGACGGUGUUCAAUACCAUCCAGAUGAUUUGAAGGGCAAGGGCGAACCGUCCUUCACCAUAGAGCGCGACCUAAAGAAGGAAAAGGGUCACAGGCAGUUUCUGAGCGAGGCCGAUGCCUACGAAAUGCGGCCUGGCGCCAACAGAUUUUCCAAGCAGGGAGGCAGCCAUCAACGAAGCGUUAGCCAGUCUGGCGAGGGAUCAUCAAGUGGUGCAGUUUACACAGACAGCCCCGACGGCAGUUUACGCAGAAGUCAUACCACCGGCAAGAAACUGAGUGAAGGGCUUAAGCGGCGCUUUGGCAGCAUACGCCGGAAGAAGGAUAUGCCGGCUGAGACGGUACACUAG